CCAAGAACGAAAAUGAAUAUUGAUGUGUCAAUAGAGAAACGGAUACCUGUGUCAUUAUCGAAGACAAUUUUAAUUUUCAAAAAACCUAGUGAUAAAAAGGAGAAAGUUAAGGUUUUUAAGUAUCCACCACCAUUUCCAUUAACACUUCGACACAAUAAUCAACCAUCAUGGGAAGAUGAGCUACCAAUACCUGAAUUGACAAUCCAAACUUCAGGAAAUAAGGUUACAUUGUUUUGGAGUAUGAAUUUGUUUUUGGAGGCAGCAGAAAUAAAAAUGUAUGAACUGUUAGUGUGUAAAGAAACAAAUAAAGUUUCAACUUCAUCAAUGUGGAAAAAGACAUCUAUAACACCAGAUUUGUUGCCAAUGUCUUUUGAAGUAAAAAUUUAUAAUUUAGGAUAUACUUACUAUUUUGCUCUGAGAGCAGUAGACAUAUAUAACAGAUGUACAGAUUUUGCUUUACAAAAAACUAGGAUUUAG